GUCUCAGACCAACCAGGACCCUGGACCUCGACCCCAAAGAAACUGGGCUUCUGAGGAUCACUCUGCAACCCCUGACGGGUCUACAGAGAGCUUCUGUGUGGUGCCUGCAGACGCGCGGAUCGUCCAUGCGCUCCUCGCGGGCAGAAUGCUGGGCAGCAGCGUCAAGAGCGCGCAAGCCGAGGUGGAGCUGAGCGGCUGCGGUGCCUCGGACGAGGGCGCGGACGAGCCCCGGGGCGCUGGCAGGAAGGCGGCGGCCGACGGCAAAGCCAUGCUGCCCAAGCGCGCCAAGGCGCCGGGCAGCGGCGUUGGCGGCGGUGGCAUGGCCAAGGCCAGCGCGGCCGAGCUGAAGGUCUUCAAAUCGGGCAGCAUGGACGGCCGCGGGCCCGCUGGGCCGCCGACCUCCAAUCUGCGCAAGCAGAAGUCGCUCACCAACCUCUCGUUCCUCACCGACUCCGAGAAGAAGAUGCAGCUCUAUGAGCCUGAGUGGAGCGACGACAUGGCCAAGGCGCCCAAGAGCUUGGGCAAGGCGGGAGCCAAGGGCCGCGAGGGUUCGCUCAUGUCCAAGACGCUGUCCAAAUCGGAGCACUCGCUCUUCCAGGCCAAGGGCAGCCCGGCCAGCGGCGCCAAGACCCCUCUGGCCCCGCUGGCGCCCAGCCUGGGAAAGCCUAGCCGGAUCCCCCGCGGCCCCUACGCCGAGGUCAAGCCACUCAGCAAGGCCCCCGAGGCCGCAGUGAGCGACGAUGCCAAGUCGGACGACGAGCUGCUGUCCAGCAAGGCCAAGGCGCAGAAGGGCUCUGGGCCUGCGCCCGCAGCCAAGGGCCAGGAGGAGCGCGCCUUCCUCAAGGUGGACCCGGAGCUGGUGGUGACGGUGCUGGGGGACCUGGAGCAGCUGCUUUUCAGCCAGAUGCUGGACCCUGAGUCCCAGAGGAAGAGGACAGUGCAGAAUGUGCUGGAUCUUCGGCAGAACCUGGAGGAAACCAUGUCCAGCUUGCGCGGCUCCCAGGUGACGCACAGCUCCCUGGAGAUGACCUGCUAUGAUAGCGACGACGCCAAUCCCCGCAGCGUGUCCAGCCUUUCCAACCGCUCGUCCCCGCUGUCCUGGCGCUACGGCCAGUCGAGCCCACGGCUGCAGGCCGGAGAUGCACCAUCGGUGGGCGGGAGCUGCCGAUCCGAGGGGCCACCUGCCUGGUACAUGCACGGCGAGCGCGCCCACUACUCGCACACCAUGCCCAUGCGCAGCCCCAGCAAACUCAGCCACAUCUCCCGCCUGGAGCUGGUCGAGUCCCUGGACUCGGACGAGGUGGACCUCAAGUCCGGCUACAUGAGCGACAGCGACCUCAUGGGCAAGACCAUGACGGAGGACGAUGACAUCACUACAGGCUGGGAUGAAAGUAGUUCCAUCAGCAGUGGCCUCAGCGAUGCAUCUGAUAACCUCAGCUCAGAAGAGUUCAACGCCAGCUCCUCACUCAACUCCCUCCCCACUACCCCCACUGCUUCUCGAAGGAACUCGACUGUAGUGCUUCGUACCGACUCAGAGAAGCGCUCACUUGCAGAAAGUGGGCUGAGCUGGUUCAGUGAAUCAGAGGAGAAGACCCCCAAAAAGCUGGAGUACGAUAGCGGGAGCCUAAAGAUGGAACCAGGAACCUCUAAGUGGCGGCGAGAGCGGCCCGAGAGCUGUGAUGAUGCCUCUAAGGUUGGAGAACUGAAGAAGCCCAUUAGCCUGGGACAGCCUGGCUCCCUGAAGAAGGGCAAGACCCCACCCGUGGCUGUUACUUCCCCUAUCACUCACACAGCCCAGAGUGCCCUCAAAGUUGCAGGCAAGCCUGAAGGCAAAGCUACAGACAAGGGGAGGCUGGCGGUGAAGAAUGCAGGCCUCCAGCGCUCCUCCUCAGAUGCUGGCCGUGACCGACUGAGUGAGGCCAAGAAGCCCCCUUCAGGAAUUGCCCGCCCCUCCACCUCCGGGUCUUUUGGCUACAAGAAGCCCCCUCCUGCCACGGGCACAGCCACAGUCAUGCAGACCGGGGGCUCAGCCACGCUCAGCAAGCUGCAGAAGUCCUCUGGCAUCCCUGUCAAGCCAGUGAACGGGCGUAAGACAAGCCUGGAUGUGUCCAACAGUGUGGAACCUGGCUUCCUGGCCCCUGGAGCCCGCUCCAAUAUCCAGUACCGGAGCCUGCCCCGGCCUGCCAAGUCCAGCUCCAUGAGCGUGACCGGGGGCCGGGGUGGCCCGAGGCCUGUCAGCAGCAGCAUUGACCCCAGUCUCCUGAGCACCAAACAGGGGGCCCUCACCCCGUCCCGCCUGAAGGAGCCCUCCAAGGUGGCCAGUGGUCGGACCACGCCAGCUCCUGUCAACCAGACAGACCGGGAAAAGGAGAAGGCCAAGGCCAAAGCAGUGGCCUUGGAUUCCGACAACAUCUCUCUGAAAAGUGUGGGCUCCCCCGAGAGUACACCCAAGAACCAGCCAAGUCACUCUCCAGCCCCCAAGUUGGCAGAGCUCCCACCCACCCCUCUCAGGGCCACAUCCAAGAGCUUUGUCAAGCCUCCCUCUCUAGCCAAUCUAGACAAAGUCAACUCGAACAGUCUGGACCUGCCCCCAUCCACUGAUGGCCAUGCCUCCAAGGUCCCUGAGCUGCACGCUCCCAACUCAGCUACGGGGGCUCCACUCACUGCUUGCUUCACCCCCAGUCCAGCGCCCAUUCUCAAUAUUAACUCUGCCAGCUUCUCCCAGGGCCUGGAGCUUAUGAGUGGCUUCAGUGUCCCCAAAGAGAGUCGCAUGUACCCCAAACUCUCAGGCCUGCACAGGAGUAUGGAAUCUCUCCAGAUGCCCAUGAGCCUGCCCAGUACCUUCCCUAGCAGCACCCCCAUUCCCACUCCCUCCGUUCCCCCCACUGCACCGCCCGAGGAAGAGACAGAAGAGCUGACCUGGAGUGGCAGCCCCAGGACUGGGCAGUUGGACAGCAGUCAGCGGGACCGGAACACCUUGCCCAAGAAAGGCCUCAGGUACCAGCUGCAGCCGCAGGAGGACCCCAAGGAGCGGCGCCACUCUCACACCAGCGGGGCACUGCCUGAAUCAGAGGAUGCAGCAGAGCUGCCCUCACCCCCUGCUCUCUCCGUGUCCCUGAGUGCCAAGGGCCAGCUCACCAAUAUAGUGAGUCCCUCUGCGGCCACCACACCGAGAAUCACCCGCUCCAACAGCAUCCCCACCCACGAAGCGGCCUUCGAGCUAUACAGCGGCUCCCAAAUGGGGAGCACCUUGUCCCUGGCCGAGAGACCCAAGGGGAUGAUUCGGUCAGGAUCCUUCCGAGACCCCGCGGACGAUGUGCACGGCUCGGUGCUGUCCCUGGCCUCCAGUGCCUCCUCCACCUACUCCUCAGCUGAGGAGAGGAUGCAGUCUGAGCAAAUCCGGAAGCUUCGCAGGGAGCUGGAGUCCUCCCAGGAGAAAGUAGCCACGCUGACGUCUCAGCUUUCUGCCAAUGCUAAUCUUGUGGCAGCCUUCGAGCAGAGCCUGGUUAACAUGACAUCCCGCUUGCGGCACCUGGCAGAGACAGCAGAGGAGAAGGACACCGAGCUCCUGGACUUGCGGGAAACCAUCGACUUUUUGAAGAAGAAGAACUCUGAGGCUCAGGCAGUCAUUCAGGGAGCCCUUAAUGCCUCAGAAGCCACCCCCAAAGAACUUCGGAUCAAGAGACAGAACUCCUCAGACAGCAUCUCAAGCCUCAACAGCAUCACCAGCCAUUCCAGCAUUGGCAGCAGCAAGGAUGCUGAUGCAAAGAAAAAGAAAAAGAAGAGUUGGCUUCGAAGUUCCUUCAACAAAGCCUUCAGCAUCAAAAAGGGACCCAAGUCAGCUUCCUCCUACUCGGACAUUGAAGAGAUUGCCACACCUGACUCCUCAGCCCCUUCCUCCCCCAAGCUCCAGCAUGGCUCCACCGAGACAGCCUCACCCUCCAUCAAGUCCUCCAACUCGUCCUCCGUGGGUGUCGAUGCAACUGACGCCCCUGCUAACCCAGCCCCCCAUACACGGCUAUUCCAAGCCAACGAGGAAGAGGAGCCUGAGAAGAAGGAGGUGUCAGAGCUGCGUUCAGAGCUGUGGGAGAAGGAGAUGAAGCUGACGGACAUCCGCCUGGAAGCCCUCAACUCAGCCCACCAGCUAGACCAACUGCGUGAGACCAUGCACAAUAUGCAGCUGGAGGUGGACCUGCUGAAGGCAGAGAAUGACCGGCUGAAGGUUGCCCCAGGCCCUUCUUCGGGCUCCACUCCAGGGCAGGUCCCUGGGUCAUCUGCACUGUCAUCCCCACGCCGCUCCCUGGGCCUUGCACUCACCCACUCCUUCAGCCCUAGCCUCACAGACACAGACCUCUCCCCCAUGGAUGGCAUCAGCACGUGUGGUUUGAAGGAAGAGGUGGUUCUCCGGGUGGUGGUGCGGAUGCCCCCACAGCACAUCAUCAAGGGGGACCUGAAGCAGCAGGAGUUCUUUCUGGGUUGCAGCAAGGUCAGCGGGAAGGUAGACUGGAAGACGCUGGAUGACUCCGUUUUUCAGGUGUUCAAGGACUAUAUUUCGAAGAUGGACCCAGCCUCCACCCUGGGCCUGAGCACUGAGUCCAUCCACGGAUACAGCCUCAGCCACGUGAAACGGGUGUUGGACGCAGAGCCCCCUGAGCUUCCUCCCUGCCGCCGAGGGGUCAAUAACAUCUCCGUCUCCCUUAAAGGUCUGAAGGAGAAGUGUGUGGACAGCCUGGUGUUCGAGACGCUCAUCCCCAAGCCUAUGAUGCAGCACUAUAUCAGCCUCCUGCUCAAGCACCGGCGCCUCGUCCUCUCGGGCCCCAGCGGCACGGGCAAGACCUACCUGACCAAUCGCUUGGCUGAGUACCUGGUAGAGCGCUCAGGCCGUGAGGUUACAGAGGGCAUCGUCAGCACCUUCAACAUGCACCAGCAGUCCUGCAAGGACCUGCAGCUGUAUCUCUCCAACCUGGCCAACCAGAUAGAUCGAGAAACGGGGAUCGGUGAUGUGCCCCUGGUGAUCCUUCUGGAUGACCUGAGCGAAGCAGGCUCCAUCAGUGAGUUGGUCAACGGGGCCCUCACCUGCAAGUACCACAAAUGCCCUUAUAUUAUAGGCACCACUAACCAGCCUGUAAAAAUGACACCCAAUCAUGGCUUGCACUUAAGUUUCAGAAUGCUGACUUUCUCCAACAAUGUGGAGCCAGCCAAUGGCUUCCUGGUCCGGUACCUGAGGAGGAAGCUGGUGGAGUCAGACAGUGACAUCAAUGCUAACAAGGAAGAGCUGCUUCGGGUGCUCGACUGGGUGCCCAAGUUGUGGUACCAUCUCCACACCUUCCUGGAGAAGCACAGCACCUCUGACUUCCUCAUUGGUCCUUGCUUCUUCCUGUCCUGUCCCAUUGGCAUUGAUGACUUCCGGACCUGGUUCAUUGACCUGUGGAACAACUCCAUCAUUCCCUACCUACAGGAAGGAGCCAAGGAUGGCAUUAAGGUCCACGGACAGAAGGCUGCUUGGGAGGACCCUGUGGAGUGGGUCCGGGACACUCUCCCCUGGCCAUCAGCCCAACAGGACCAGUCUAAGCUGUACCACCUGCCCCCACCCACUGUGGGUCCUCAUAGCAUCGCAUCUCCUCCUGAAGAUAGGACAGUCAAAGACAGCACCCCAAGUUCCUUAGACUCAGACCCUCUGAUGGCCAUGCUGCUGAAACUUCAAGAAGCUGCCAAUUAUAUUGAGUCUCCAGACCGAGAAACCAUCCUGGACCCCAACCUUCAGGCCACACUCUGAGUAUCCAGAGGUCACUGUCACCCCAGACAGGACAGCAGAGCACUGACAUCGGCCAUGUGAAUGCCUCCUCUGUGGACUCCCCAGUGCAGGGGAAGUCCAGGAGGAGGAAGGAGGGGCAAGAAGAGGGGCAGGUUCUUGGUGCUGCCCUUUAGAACUUCCAGGAAGGAUUGAUGGGGUGGAGUUUGGGAACACGCAUUCCUUAGAUAAUUUUACCGGCCUCCUCUCUGACGUGGGGACAAAGAUGAUUCUGGGCCUUUCCCCCUGAUUUCUGUGUCAAUUGCAAACUCUUGGGCUUUCUGGGGAGGGGUUCUGAAAACAAGUGUCAAGCCCUACAGCAGUUUCAAGUUCUCACUAGCAAUUCUGAAAGACAGUUCUGCAUGGGGAAGAGGAGGGGAGGUGGAAUCUCCAGAUUUCCUCAGAUCCUCCCCAGUCCAAUCACCACUGCCAACCAUCCCCCAGAGAUCUAGCUGAAGCCUUGACAAAUCGACAAAAAGAAGCAUGUGGUCUUAAAUUCUUUAAAUCAACCUGUAAAAGUUUUUUAAAACAAUGGAAAAGAUGAAGCUGGAGAUAGGGGAACCAUUUGCCAAGGGAGAAAGCGUGCUGCCUCACCCCAGUCCCGAAAACUCUGGAUGACACAGACAAGACAGCUGCAAUUCGAAGAUGUUGCCAAACCACAAACAACACCCCAACCUUCAGAGAAAGCUGGCAGGAGCUAUCUCACCCCUCUAAUUUAACGUGCCCAAGAGUCAAUAAACCCUACAUCUUAUAUGCA